AGUCUCCAUUUACUCGUGCCUGCAGUCAUGCGGAUUUAAAUUCGCAGCUUAGACACUUUUCUCUUUCUGUUCUACUCUUUAAUCGUUUGUGUUGAUAGGGAACGACCGCAGUCAUUUAAAGCUCUGGGAUACACAUUGACUAUCAAGGGUUUUUUGGUGUCUGUUCAAGUUCAUCUUAUAGAUGCUAAAGGGCUCUAAGUUUCUGCUUGCAUCAGUGAUUAUAGCUCCUAGUAUGGGAGUAGCCGUGAUUUGGCAAAAGAAGUACAACAAGAAGAGGAGAUACGCCGCUGUAUUGCGAGAUAUCUCCAGCAUACAAGAAAAGAAAAGAGCUAAAAAUGACUAAAAGUGUACAAUGAAUGAGUCACAAAACUUUGAAAAUGCAUACAAUGCAUCCAGACAACCCAUAACUGGCUUUAGUGUUCACCGUAUGCACGGUGUAGAGCAAUACAAAAAGCAGGAUCACUUUUUAUAUCUUAAGCAGUUUGAAAAGGACGGGAAAAAUGUUAGUGCAACUGGAAAUCCUCAUUUUAGAAUGAAUGCGCAAAAAUACUCCAAUAUGAUGAAAUUGGAAAGAGUCUCACAAAUGGUGCCAAAAGCUGACACUUCAAAGAUUUGGUUAAAAUCUAGGCGUUACCUAUCCAUCUCUAUCCUCUGCUCGUCGAUAUCAUUCGCAAUCGCAUGUACAAUAGGCGCAUAUUUUUAA